CCUCCCGCGCCAUGGCUCACGCACCGCCGCCGCACUCCACUGCUCCCGCUAGCUCAGCUUGCCCGGCCGCUCUCCGUUCUCACGUCAGCAACAGGAGCACGAAGCAACCGAGAAGACGAAGACGAAGAAGGAGGGCUGCACCGAACAGCCUCCAGCGCCCGCGAUCAGCACCGUCGCCGCCGUAGGAUAGUGCAAUGGCUAGGCCGCAGCAGCGGUACCGCGGCGUGCGGCAGCGCCACUGGGGAUCCUGGGUCUCCGAGAUCCGCCACCCUCUCCUGAAGACGCGGAUAUGGCUGGGCACGUUCGAGACGGCGGAGGACGCGGCGCGGGCGUACGACGAGGCGGCGCGGAUCAUGUGCGGCCCGCGCGCGCGCACCAACUUCCCUCACGUGGCGGCCGCCGCCGCGUCCUCGUCGUUCCUCUCCGCCGCGCUCGUCACCAAGCUCCACCGCUUCAACCUGGCGUCCGUGCAGGCGGCGCAGCGCCAGAGGGAGGCUGCCGCCGCAGCCGCGGCCUCCGCGGCGGAGGCAGCGGCCUCAAUGCCGCUGGUCGGCGAUGCAGGGUCGCUGUCGACGACGUCGUCGUCGUCGGGCGCGGAGGGGUGGGGCGGGCGGCACCUGGAGGAGCAGCACGUGGAGCAGAUGAUCGAGGAGCUGCUGGACUCCGACUUCUCCAUGGAGAUCUACCGUUAGAUCAAGAGAUAUUCCGGCGACUGCUCUGCUUCCUCUGUUUCUUCCUUCGGGAGAAUGGUCACGGCGUCUGCAUACGUACGUACUUUCCUGUGCGUGUCCAGUGUCUAGAUCUCUGCUACGCGCGUACCUCAGCGAACUACAUGAAGACUGAAGAACUCCGAUUAGUUAGUCUGUCUAAGAAUUGUUCUACAACAACACACUACCAGUAGAUGUACAGUACCUAGUAUUAGCGGCAGAAGAGUACAGUAACAAAUUUGAGCCCUUCCUAUUUUUCA